AUGACCCCCUCUGUCCCAAGACCCAUCUCUGGCAGUGUUCAUUUAACGGGGGAAGAGAAGGGAGCUUUGGUGUCUUUGUUGAAGGAAUUUCAAGAUGUAUUUGCUUGGAGCUACGAAGAGAUGCCUGGCCUUCAUCCAAAUUUGGUAAGUCAUAUGCUGAAUAUUGAGCUUGGUACAAAACUUGUUGUACAGCCAAGAAGGAAUUUUCGUCCUGAAAUUGAGAGGCAAAUCAAGGUGGAAAUUGAAAAACUGUUAGCUGCAGGAUUUGUCAAGCUAAUCAAACACCCGACAUGGCUAGCAAAUAUCGUGCCCGUGAAGAAGAAAACUGGGGUAAUGAGAAUAUGCACAGACUACCGUGAUCUCAAUUGA